AUGACCACUGUCGAAGGUGUCUCGCAAACUCUGACCAACUCGAAAGACAAAGUCAUGGGUACAGAUGCUCCCCACUCAGGUACAGAACCACCGGCUGGCGUUCAAGGCAAAGGCACAGCAUCGGACCCGUAUGACGGUGGAAACGCCCCAGGUAAGACUCGUCGAGUUGCGCUACAGAACCGAUACUCAAGCACUUUGAUGGCAGAGGGCGCACCAAAGUCAACAACCCAGACAGACGGCGCCUCUUCACAGCCGAUUGAUGCCUCUGCAACCGCAAGUGCUCCUUCUUCUACUCCUUCCACGACCGCGCAGACCACAGCCGCCAAAGGCGCAGGCGAUAGGGGACGACACCCACUAAAUGUGCCAGCCAGGCCCAGAGAGGAAGAACGUGAUGUGAGUCCCGGAACUCUACCGGACGGCACACAUGCGCAAACAAGCGGCGACCGUGGGGAGAGCUAUGAACCCGGGAAAUUGAGUAGACUCAAGGGAAAGCUGCCAUUUGGGAAGCGCUAA